AUGUCGCGCCCCGAAGAUCUCCUCCCGCCGGACCUAUACUACAAUGACACCGAGUCGGCCAAGUACACGACGUCCUCGCGCAUCCAAGCCAUUCAGGCGUCCAUGACCAACCGAGCCCUGGACCUCCUAGACCUCGACCGACCGUCCUUCAUUCUCGAUAUAGGCUGCGGCUCGGGUCUGUCCGGCGAGAUUCUCACGGAGGACGGCCACAUCUGGGUCGGCAUGGACAUAUCGCCCAGCAUGCUGGACAUUGCGCUGCAGCGGGAAGAUGUCGAGGGCGACCUGUUUCUGGCGGACAUGGGCCAAGGCAUCCCCUUCCGCCCGGGCACGUUCGACGCGGCCAUCAGCAUCAGUGCCAUCCAGUGGUUGUGUAAUGCCGAGACAAGCGAUGUCAGUCCCGAGGGAAGGUUGCGGCGGUUCUUUGACGGCCUGUACGCCUCGUUACGCAGAGGUGCGAGGGCCGUGUGUCAGUUCUAUCCGAAGAACGAACAACAACGCACAAUGAUCAGUCAGGCCGCUGUACGCGCCGGCUUUGGGGCCGGCAUCCUCGAGGACGACGGCGGCACCAAGAACGUCAAGACGUAUCUCGUGCUGAGCGUCGGUGGCGGCGACAUCACCGGGACAGUGUCCAAGAUGGAGGGAGUCGAUAUUGAAGACGGUCGGAGGUUGAGGGAGGCAAUGCACCGAGGAGGCAAAAAGAAGGGCGACGACGUCAAGGGAAGCAAGCAGUGGAUCAUGAAGAAGAAGGAGAAGAUGCGGAACAAGGGCAAGAUUGUGAAAUCCGAUUCGAAAUACUCGGGUCGGAGGAGAGGCCCAAAGUUCUGA